UAAAACGAUCAUAUAUUAUUUUAUAAUAAACAUUAAUUAUAUACACGUUUUAUGUGGGUAGUAAUAUUAUUUUUUAUUAUUUGUAUAUCAUAUUUUAUAUAUAUUUUAGAGUUUUGAAUCUAUCAAUACGAAACUCGAUCAUCCUGCUCUUAAAUAACGCAACAUUGCAGCUCAAAAUUUAAAAUAUCAAGCGGAAAGGAUGGUAACCAGAGGCAAAGGCAUCCUUCCUCCUUUAAAAGUUGGUGACAAUGAGCUGGUGUCAAUCCCAUCGGUAGACCGAAGGCGAGGAGAUGCAGCCAACCUUCUUGCAGUUAUCAUAGAAGAAAAAGAUGGUAAAUUUCGUAUUGGGACUAAAGAAGGGAUUAUAAGCACACGGCUGGAGCGGAACAGUAUGGAAGCUACAAAGUACUGUUCUCUAACGACUGCAGACGUUCAACAAAAUGAAUAUUCAUUACAGAAACUUGUUAGAUUAGGGUCAGUUGGGACCGGACAAGGCUACCGACGUUGUACAUGUCGUACGAAUUGCACAUCUAAAAAGUGCACAUGUAAAAAAAAUAAUGAUGUGUAAUUCGGCGUGGCACCCAGGCUAUACUUGUCAAAAUGUUUAAAUAUAAUACAAUUUUUUUUUAUUCACUUUUUUUACAAAUUAAAAUGUAUUUAUUAUUUUGUUAUAUUUCCGGUGUUUUCAACAUAUUUUAUUUAAGUUAUGUUUAUAUAUUUUUUAAGAAGUCUUGCCUUUUUUUUAUUUUUUAUAUACAUAUAAUUUUUAUUAUUACAAUUUGAUUUUAUCAUAUUUCCAGUGUUUUUUACAUUUAUUUAAAUGAAAUUAUGUUUUAUAAUUUUUUUAAGAAAGGUCUCGCCGAUUUCACGCAAUCGGCAGUAUUAUGCACUUUGAGUUGCCGAUUUCACGUAUUCGGCGACAACGUUGCUGAAUUCAUGAAAUCGGCGAUUUCAUAGAUACGGCGUAACAUAUAUAAUUCAUAUUUUAUAAAUCUUGACAUACGUGGAUCAAUUAUUAUCAUAUUAAUUUAUUUUUGGUUAUAUAACUGUGCUAAAUAUGUGUAUUUGUUAAAGGUUCCCAUUAUGGCAUUAUAUAUGUAUAUUAUUAAAUAUAUUUCUUAUAUAUUAUUACCCAUAAUAUUGUCACUUUAUGCAUGGAAAAAUAUUUAAAUAUAAU